AUGAAAUAUACGAUUACACGAACAUUUUCAUUAAAAAAUGAAAAAUUUGAAAUUGCUUGUGAUAUAAAACCACUUUGUACAGUCAAAGCUUCUCCAUCCAAAGAAUAUAAAGAUAGAUACAAUGUUAAGUUUUCAAAUGCAAUCAACGGAUUUACUGGUGAAAAGAUUUGCAUUGUUGAACCAGAUCCAAGUCAACCACAAAGUUAUUUAAUUUUUUUAAAUAAUGAUGAAACAAAUGAAACAAGUCUUUUCGGUCAAUUAUCUUAUCAACUUUGUAGUUAUGAUAAUUACUUUUAUACGAUUGUUAUUGGUCAAAAAUUAUAUCAAGUACGAAGUCGUGAUUUAAAAGAUCGCCGUUUAACUAUUGUUGAUAGACUUCAAUCGAAUGAUUCCUCUUUUAUUUAUUGUCCAGAAACUUUAUUCCAAGUUCUUGAUUCAUUUUCAAAAUCAAAUAAAAAAUAUCAUGUUAUUAUUAAAGACAAAAAAUGUCAAUAUGGUUAUCUUGCUAUUAUUAUAUUACUUUAUUUACAUGAAUGUAAACAGAAUAUUUCUUGA